AUGCAAUUCUUUGCUCCUCUCCUUGCCUUCGGCGCCAUUGCGUCUGCCGCCGUCAUUCCUAACCUCCCCACCGAGGAGGCGGCUAUCACUAACCUCUACGCCCGCAAACUGAACGGCACCGUUGUUGACUCCCUCUCUUUCAAGCUGAGCAUCAACGGCAAGGCUCCGUACGACUGCUCGUCCAGCUCUUUCGGCUACGGCCAGUGCAACACUACCGACGCCUACUACGGCUUCGGACUCCAGAGCAACGGCUCUUCCACGUACACCAUCGCCAUUUCCAAGGUCUUCGACGAUGGCUACAGCAUCUGGGGUCAGGGUGCGGUUCCCACCUACUGCCACGCGGGCGGCACUGGGCCCAACGAUUUCGUUUGCUCCCAGGUCAACAACGCGACCAACUUCAAGCUUUCCUUCGGCAGCACCGCUUAG